AUGGGCGCUCAGGGCCCCGGCUGCGCUCCGCCUAUGCCCGAGGGAGGCUCAGAGGACCGAGGGCCGCGGUCCGCGGCGGGCCCGAAUCAGACACCUCCGGGGCCACGUGGCCCUGAGCCACGAACCGGAGUGGGCAGGGGGGGGCGCCGACAGGGGGCGGGCCUGGAGAGGCCCAGGGCGGGAGGGCGCCGAGACCUCCGCGCCCCUUACCCCAACCCCAAGCCCAGGCAUGCACGCCCGACCGGCCGCUCGGGGUCCCGGAAACACUCCGGGCCCCCGGGCCGGGCCAGGUUUGCUGGCCAGGGUUACUGGUGUGCGGGGACGGGGAGCCUUCGGCCGGGCUGCCGGCCCUGGCCGGCGCGCCCCGUGGAAAGGUGCCGGGCAGGAUGGGCGCUCAGGGCCCCGGCUGCGCUCCGCCUAUGCCCGAGGGAGGCUCAGAGGACUGAGGGCCGCGGUCCGCGGCGGGCCCGAAUCAGACACCUCCGGGGCCACGUGGCCCUGAGCCACGAAAGGGAGUGGGCAGGGCAUGCACGCCUGACCGGCCGCUCGGGGUCCCGGAAACACUCUGGGCCCCCGGGCCGGGCCAGGUUUGCUGGCCAGGGUUACUGGUGUGCGGGGACGGGGAGGCUUCGGCCGGGCCGGCGCGCCCCGUGGAAAGGGACUGAAGGAGACAGGAAGAUGGCAGAAGAGCAACCCGAGAGCCACUACUGUGUCUGGGCACAUCAACUACAGACUGCAAGGUGCCGGGCAGGAUGGGCGCUCAGGGCCCCGGCUGCGCUCCGCCUAUGCCCGAGGGAGGCUCAGAGGACUGAGGGCCGCGGUCCGCGGCGGGCCCGAAUCAGACACCUCCGGGGCCACCUGGCCCUGAGCCACAAAAGGGAGUGGGCAGGGUGGGGCGCCGACAGGGGGCGGGCCUGGAGAGGCCCAGGGCGGGAGGGCGCCGAGACCUCCGCGCCCCUCACCCCAACCCCAAGCCCAGGCAUGCACGCCCGACCGGCCGCUCGGGGUCCCGGAAACACUCUGGGUCCCAGGGCCGGGCCAGGUUUGCUGGCCAGGGUUACUGGUGUGCGGGGACGAGGAGGCUUCGGCCGGGCUGCCGGCCCUGGCCGGCGCGCCCCGUGGAAAGGUGCGGCCGGCUGGCUCGACACGGCACAUCAGAGCGAAAAGGAGGCGCAGCGCAGGGUUUUUAAAGGUGCCUGGCAGCAACCGCCUCCAUCUAAGAUCAUACCACCCUGA